CUUGAAAUGUGAUAAGUUUUUAAAAACUGCAACUAGAUUUCAAUAUCUGUUGUGAACUGAAAUAUUAUUUUGUAUUUAGACCUUCUCAUACACACGGUUCCAUUGAUUAUAUUCUUCACUUAACAAAAGUCAUUGUUCUCUAUUUUUAAUUAAAAAUUCAGCAAUUGACAUUCGUCAGUAUUACGAACAGAUUUUCAUAAUGUAAAAUACAUUUAUUUAACUUAAUUUCGAGCUCAUCAAAGUGCCUUACUUUGGAUUAUGCAUGGAAGAUGUCUUUUAAUGACUUCAGUUGACUCAGGAAUUUUUCACUUGAACUGUGAAUGAUAGAACUAGACGCUUCCCCAAAGAAAGGUCGAUGGGAGGAGGUGUCCAGUUUAUUACCUUCUUCCAGGUGCACUAUUGGUAACAAACCCUUUGAGAUGAAUAAAGCCGGUGGAGUGUUAUGCAUUGAUAUUGAAAAUUUAGGUUCGUUUGGGGGGAACCAACAGUCAAAUUAUUUUAGUCCGUUACAACCACAUUACAGUAUAACGUUCAAAGACUAUCCUUCAGAAUACGGAGCACUACCUCAAGCCGAUUGUGCAGCACCAAAUGUUGAAUUUCUUUCAUACCCUCAUUCCAUGGCCGAUUCACAAGGCAAUCGCGACGAACUCAGCACUCCAAUAACAAUAACUGGAUUUGAUAAUUCUUCUGGCAUAAGCGCGGAUUCCUAUUUAUCUAAUCAAUUCAAUGAUAUUUCACAACAAUUACCUGGUCAUAAUCCUUUCUAUGCAUUUGAACAAUCAAAUUUAAUAAUUCCCAAUCCACUUCAUUCAUAUUCUCAUCCAUCUCAUCAUCAUCAUCAUCAUCAUCAUGAACAUCAACAUUAUGGCAUGGAUCAAUCAACAGAUCAAUUGCACAAUUCUAAUAAUGAUAAUGUAAUCCUUAAUGAUACUUCAAUUAAUACAAUUCCUCAAGAUGAUUAUAUAUUAACACAACAACAAAAAAAUGAAUUAUAUUCAUCAAUAUUUUCAGAAUCGAAUUAUUUUCUAUCAAAUACCACAGUAAAUACUUUAUCAAAUGUACAAUAUUCAAAUUCAAAAUGCAUUCAACAGCAUAUACCUGAAUCAUAUCAAUCAGUGAUAUGGUUAAAUCAAGAACAUUCACAAAUACAAUUACAAGAACAUUUACAUUAUACAUCAGAUGGAAUAAUUACAACACAUAAUCAUAAUAAUAAUAAUUAUCCAAUAAUAAUUAAUAAUGAGAAUAAUGAGAACAUAAAUAAAAAUUGUAAUGAAUUAUCAAAUAUUAAAGUAAAUAAUACAGAAAUGGAUAAUGUUAUACCUAUUCCAAUCGAAACUGUGUCAACCACCAUGACUGAUGGUAAAAAUAUUCAUGUUCAAGACAAUGAUAAUGAUGUGAUCAUGAUGCGACCAUUAGUUGAACAGUCAAAUCAUUUUGAAACAUCUGAACAUUUAUCUGGGAAUACUGUGAUAUCAAAUGAUUUAAUUGAUAAUAUCUACUGUAAUAAUAACAAUAAUAAUAAUGAGACUACUGUUACUGCUGCCAAUAAUAAUCAACAUCAUUAUGAUACAAAUAUAAUUCCAUUACAAAUUUAUCCUACAAUAUUUCAACCAAAUUAUUCACCGGCUACAUCAUCAUCAUUAUCUUCAUCGUCGUCCUCUUGUUCAUCUUCUUCAUUUUCAUCAUUAUCAUCAUUGUCAUCUUCAAUGGUUUUAUGCACAGAAACAUUAACAAUAACUCCAGCAACAGCAAAAUCAUCAUUAGUAACAACAACUACAACAAACAUUUCACCUUCAUCUUCAUAUUAUACAAAUCAAGAUUAUAAAUUGACUGGUUUGAAUUUGCACCAACAACAUUUAAAAUCGAACAAUCAUACUGAUUGUAAUAACACUCUGGUUACUAAUAAUGUUAAUAGUAAUAAUAAUAGCAAUAAUCAUUCUAAUGAAAAAAAGUGUAAAGUUUGCGGUGAUCGAGCUGUAAAUCAUAAUUUUGGUCAAUUAACUUGUGAAUCAUGUAAAGCAUUUUUUAGACGUAAUGCCCACAAAGGUCUAUCCACUUUGAUGGUAACUCGCAUGCUUCGUACAAAUGAUACAUCAUCAUUGAUAUAUGAACCAAAUCGUACAGCACAUAUAAAAUCAAGAGGUCUUGUGGAAUUAACAUGUACAGCAAAAUCCGGAGAACAUGUAAUCACACCAACUACUCGUCGUGAAUGUCCAUCGUGUAGAUUAAAACAAUGUUUUCGAGUUGGUAUGAGACCUGACCUUAUACAAGUUCGUAAAAAAGAUGGAAGUAAACCACGAUGGUUGGAUAAAGUUCCACGUGCAGCUAUUGUUCAUGAACAACAUUUACAAUCUUCUGAAGCAUUACAAUGGUCAACAAAUAUUAAUAGUACUACGUUUCACAAUAAUAAUGACAAUGAUAAUAAUAAUAACAGUAAUGUUAAUAGUACAAUUAUUAAUUCUAAUCAUCGCAUAAAAUACCGUUUAAAUUCUGAUAAAUUUUCUAAAAAUAAAACGAAAGAAUUGAAGCCUCAUCUAACUGAACAUCAACCUAUAGAUAUCAACAAUAAUAAUAAUAGUAAUCGUAAUAAUAAUAAUAAUAACAAUAAAGAAAACAAUAUAAACUGUAUGGAAAAAUCGAUUAAUUUGAAAAGAUUCAACAUGAACUCAAAUGAUUCGGUAGAAAUCCUCCCAGAUCCUUCAUAUCCUUCUAUCCUUAAUCCUCAUCAGCAGCAUCAUUAUCAUCAUCAUCAUCAUCAUCAUCAUGAUUCAACUUCUAUUUCGCCACGUUCCCUUCAACAUCAACAGCGUCAACAAUAUGUAGAAGAAGUGACUAAUGAUGACCGAUUAAAUGAUUAUAUUAUGUGCGUAACAUCAAGUCCAUCAUUGAAUACAUCAAAUAUUUUAAAUAAUGUCCAUUAUUCACAUACGUCAAAUAAUCUUGAUAAAGACUUAAUUAUAAAUUCAGUAGCCACUGGAAUAAUUACUGAUAACAUUACUAAUAGUAGUACAAAUGAUAGGAAAAGUCCUAGAAUAACAACUACCAUAGCAACUAAUUAUUUUCCAGCUGAUACAGUUUUUCAUUUCAAUAGUUUAAUCAUUCCAAAUUCAUGUCAAAAUAAUAAAUACGGUGAUAUCAAUUUAACUGACUGGAAUACAUCAUCGGAAAAUGGUGACAAUAAUGAAACUAGUACAAACAAUGUCAACUGUAUUACGUCAUCACCAUUAUUAUCAUCAUCGUCUCUUAUUAUACCAUCUACGACGACGUUGACAGAAGCGACAGUAGCGAUGGUAAAAGUAACUUCUAGCAAUACUGUUACAACUACAAAUAAAACAACGAUAGCAAACACAAGAAUUAAUAAUAAUAAUGAUGAUAAGCAACUUUCAUCGAAUUUACUUUACACAGAACAUCAACAACAUCAUCAUCAUCAUCACCAAAAUGUGGACUUCAGCACUUUGAAUGAUAUCGAUCACUUAGAUGACCUCAUUCUAUUAACUGAUUCUACUCAAUUCAUUGAACAACAAGAAAAUACAAAUCAAUUAAAACCACCUUCGAAAAUUCUAUCACCAUUACCUUUUACACUAACACCACCACCACCACCACCAACAACAACAACAAUAACACCACCACCAAUGACGACAACAACAACAUCGUUAACCUCGGCAACAAUAUUACAUAAUAAUUUAUCUAAAAAUAAUUUAAUGUGCAAUUUUAUGAAUGAUCAUUCAAUUGUUUCACCAUGUAUAACAUCUAACUUAAUGUUUUCACCGGAUACAUCAAUUAUACCUAAUAUAUCGAAUAUAUCAAAUAGUUUAUCCGAAAUAUGUAAAUAUUCAAAUGUUACAUCAUUAUGGAGUACUUCAUCAAUAGAUGAACAAUUCACAAUACCAAUAAUCACUACACAACAAAAUGAAUCUUUAUUAUCAACUUAUUCAAAUAACAAUAAUAAUCAUAAUCAUAAUUCAAUCAAUCAAUCAUUAGAAUGUAUUACAAUAAAUAGUCAUGAUAAAUUAUCAUUUGAUUUAUCAUUAAAAACUACAAUGAAUUCAUUGUCAAAUGAACUGUCUCCAUUGUUACCAACUUCUUCUGUUCCCUUGUCCUGUUCUUCUUCUUCUUCUUCUUCUUCUUCGUCGUCGUCAUCAUCAUCAUCAUCAUCGUCAUCGUCGUCAUCAUCUAUUUCAAUUCGAUGUAAUGAACUACAAUUAGAUGUGAAUUCUAUUAAAUCUUUACAAUUUGAACAAAACAGUAAUAAUAACACGAAUACUAAUUACAUCUUACCGGUUGAUUUAAAUAAUAUACUAUUCUUGAAUGAAAGUAAAUUAUCAGAUGAUUAUCCAAUAAUAAGUAUUCCCGAUAGUAACAAUAAUAAUACUUGGCCAAAUAUGAAUCAUCAUCAAUUGGAUUCAAAUAAACCAGAAUUACAAACAAAAUGUGAACAAGUAAGUUAUUCAAAAAAAAAAGAAUGCAAUUAAAAAGUUAUAUAAAGUACUUUUUAUAGAAUAGAUGGAUUUAUGGUGGAGAAGAUUUGUAGAUCAUGUAGAUGAUUUUGAUGGAGUUUUAUUCUCUGAGCUGGAUGGUUUGAUCGUCGAGCUUUCAUCGUUCUUCUGAACGACAAACUUUAAAUAGAAGUGAAGUGUUCGAAUUUUUCCAUAUGCGUUUCACAGCUUGUUCUGUACACCACGACGUUAAGUUAGUUCUUACUGACCUUAAAUUUGUGAUUGUUUACUCCUUUGUUUUGGUUGUGUCUCCCAUUGGUUUGGUUUUUGCUCCUAUAUUUGUGUAUAAUUUCCCUGAUUGGUUGAUAAAUUGGAUCUAUUUCAAUGUGCUUAUUGAUUGCUGAUUGACCUAGCACUCAUCCUAUUGAUAACUUAUGUCGUGUAGAGGAAUGUAAAUAUCAGCGUUAAUGUUCACAAUGAGACUUAAAUCUGGUACUUUUUAGUUUUAAUGGCAAAACAUACACUGAACUAUUUAGUUCAAAUAACUACUAAAUUCUUCAUUGGAUAUGAUGUUUAGAUUAUUGUUAGUAAGCGAUUGAAUAAUUGCAGUGUUAACAUUCAGCACAGAAGUUUCACCAUUUUUUACUGGCAGAAGUGUAUCCUGUGUAGAUUGCUUCGAUAUAAUUAUUUUGUUACACGUUUUAUGAAAUAUAUAGAUUGUAGUUAGUAGUGAGUUAGUGAGAUUAAGGACAGUAACUUCAUUCGGUGUUGAAUUUUUCAGCUCGCUGUAAUUGCAUUGCAGUCUUAGUGUUCGCACUUAGUAAUCAAGUAGAAAACACUAUUUUUCGUCAUAACAACUAUGAUAAUUUUGUAAUUCAAUAGAUCGUUAUUACUAAGCGUGACGACGGACCACGGGUGAACUCGAGGAAGCUGUAGGAGGCUCAGAAGGAGCCAAAGAUAUUUCAUCCAAUCACCUUUUGGAAGAAUAUUCUAAAAUUCCUACAUGUAGCUUCCUGAUUGGACGAUGCCAAUAACCCCCUGUACGCGGAUUGAAGGACUGUAAUGAUGAUUUCGUUCUUACUAAAAAUUAUAAAUACUGAACAAUUUUGUACUAUAAUUGACACUGUCUG